AUGAUUCAUAUUGAUAUUAUUCCAAUAAUAUGCAAUUCAUCGAGAGUGUGUAAAAACACACUGUCUUCUAUUAUCCAUAAGAGAGUCUCUGCUAUUACUACGCUUAAUAUCAGUAGAACCAAAAGAAAUACAAGGGCGAUACUAACAAACAACCGAUAUUUUGUGGAAGGUGGUGGUCAUACUCCAACCACAGCAGCUACAAGAACACUACUAACACAACUAACAAUACCGAGAACUACGAGAUACUCGGGAUUUAAGAGCGAUACUAAUCUCGAGAAAGAAGCCAAGACCUUCGAGAAAGAUACCAACAAUAAUAAUACCAUUGACAAUAUUAAAAACAAUAGGGACAUUUACGAAAGUAGCAUCAAAGAUAAAACCAACAAACUUUUAUCCCCCGUCCUCUCGACAUUACAAACCUCAAAAGAGCAAGUACUUACACAAAUAAAACAAGUUCGCGAGAAACCUUGGUUCGAACAUGUACGCGGACUCCAGAACGCGGUUAAAACAAAGGACAAGCAGGAGGCGCUCAGUGCCGCGUCGAAGGCGUUGAAUGAAUUUACGGGGUAUUCGGACGUUGAGAAGUUGAAAGAAAAAGUUAUUAGACAAGAAAACGAAUUUCUCAAAACACGACAACGCUUAUCCCUCGCAAAACGUGCCUACGAAGAUGCAAUAGCCGCUCGCUCCGCAACACAACACGAGAUCAACGAUCUCCUCCAACGAAAACACCAAUGGACCCACGAGGACGUGACGCGAUUCACCGCAUUGUAUCGCACCGAACAUUUGAACGAGCAAACAGAGGCCGCAGCUCAAGAAGAAUACAUCGAGUGCGAGAAACAGGUCGAAAAAGAGUAUACAGAACUGACUAAAUCGAUCAUGUUGCGGUAUCACGAGGAACAGAUUUGGAGUGAUAAGAUUCGAAGUGCAUCCACUUAUGGGACUAUUGGGCUAAUGGCGUUGAACGUGGUCUUGUUUAUUUGUGUGCAAACUGUGUUUGAACCGAUGAAGAGGCAAAAGUUGGCGGAUAAGUUUGAAGAUUUGUUGUUGACAAAGUUUAAUAACAGUAAUGUUCCUAUUAUUGGCCUUGUAAAAGGACAAGAAGACAUGAUUAAGGAAAUAGCCGAAUUACAAAAAUUGUUAUUACUAGAAAUCGAGAACAAGAAUAUUAUUAUCAAGAACAAUGAUGCAAUACCAUUGGAUGAUGUAACGUUCUGGGCUGGUGCUAUUGUGGGUGCUAUUGGUGGAGUUGUGCUGGCUUUGAUGUUGGUUAAUCGGUAG